CUUCGUAAUGAUUCCUGGAAGAAAAUAGACAUUUUGGAGGUAACAGCGGCUCACUGCCCGAAACGAACCUCCAACACCGACUAAACCCCCAUUACUGCCACCAUUUCUACAUUAAUGUGCGCAUUUCGGCUCCUCGCUUCUGCCGUUAAAUAGCUAGCUGGUGCGAAGCGAGGAAAAUACCGACGACCGGAACUUCAGGUGCUUCUGUUUAGCACGUUAGCUCCCUAAGCUAGGCUAACGUUAGCCUCGGUGGUGUUUGAUGGCCGACUUCGGCAGCAGGAUCCUGAUUCAUCAAACCCUUUUCAGCCUUUGCACAGCCUCUGGAUCACCUUCGGAUUUUUUGCACAUCUUUCAAAGCCUUGCAUACUUCCAGUAUGCCACGCAGGACAAGACGCUCCCAGGUCCAGCUGGAGCGUUGGAGGAAGCAUAAAGCGUCCGAGCUACCCGACAAGCCCGCAGACGCGCCUCCCUGCUCCCCCUCUGUCCUGAACAAGAAGCUUGGCUCCACUCUGCCAGCUGGACCGUUCUGCAUGGCAGGCAAACCUUCUGAUCUCUACAACACCACUCAUCCAGAUUGGGCCCCAUCCCUGAAGCUGUCUGCCGAGACGUCUUCUGAACAUCUUCGAGGUGGAGCUGCAGGAAAAGCGUCGUCGUCCUCCGUCAUGGCCGGAAACUGGGAGGCCGCAGGCAGUUUGGACCAGAUCACCGUGGUGAAGAUCGACGACACGCACAUCGCAGGGGAGCAGUCACAUGGUGGAGGGAAGGCGAGGAGCAACGUGACGGAGUACUACGAGAUGGAGUACUCACUGCCCAUCAAGGAGGAGGAGGAGGUGGAGGAGGAGGAGGACGGCAUCUACGUCAUCGAGUACUCCAACCCCGAAGAGGAGGGAGAGAGCUACCAGUUCACCAUGUCCGUGGAUCGCUCGCUUCCCUCCAAGAAGCCGGUUAUCAAACAGCCGGCGGUCCCAGAGAGGAGCGCAGAUCCACCUCCGUCCAGACCGAUGAGGCUGGAGGAGGCGAGGAGGGAGGAGCUGGUGAGCAACAAGAGCGUCCUGGAGCUGGGCGAGGACUACAGCGACAUCCUGAACUGGGGGCAGAAGCAGCUGGUGUGCUCCAUGUGUCCGCCGCCCGGCAAGACCUUCAAGAGGGCGUCGGGCCUGGCCGUGCACCUGAAGCAGAUGCACUACAAGGAGGGCAAGAAGACGUUCUUCUGCACGUCCUGCCAGCAGUCGGUCCGCACCCAGGUGGAACUGGAUGCCCACACCCGUCGCCACGCCAACCAGGACGCCGUCUUCACCUGCCACGUCUGCCCGGCCGGCGGCCCCGAGGCCUUCAGCGGCCCGAGGUGGGGUCUGAAGAAGCACCUGGAGAAGGAGCACCCGGGCGUCAUCCCGCGCUGCCACAUCUGCAGCAAAGGCUUCAAGUCGCUGACCUCGUACCUGGCAGACCAGUUCAGACAUGUGGGCGUGUCGCCGUACUACUGCGCCAAGUGUCAGAUCUACGAAAUGACUGAGCGGGGGCUGAGCGUGCACAACAAGAACCACAACAAGAAGAAGAAGAGGGAGCAGCAGCAGCAGCAGCAGCAGCAGCAGGACGGACACGAGCUGCCGCCAGGAACCCUCAGCAGCGAUAACUCAGCCACAGACGACUCCGACUUCUGACCACUGAGACUGAAGCAGCUCACAGACUCAUGCAUCUGAACUGAAUGUGGGACAGAAACAAACGUUUGUCGUCGUUAGAAACCUUUUUUUUUUUUUUAAACCAUCAUCCUUUUUAUUUGGGAGAACAGAGAAUGUGAAGGUGCAUCACGCUGGGUUACUCUUUAUGUUUUACUUUACGUCUUUACUCACUGUAGGCUCAUUUUUCUCUGCAGCAUAAAAUCCUGAAGCUCUGUGGAAACAACAACCAGGUAUAGAAGGAGAGAGAACUUUAAUGUCUCAUGAGUGUUACAGUGCAAUUAAAAGUCAUGAAUUAGAAAAAAUAGGGGAAAAAAUGAUGACUAAUGAUGGAAAAAAAUAAGAAAAUUUGGAGUCUGUUUGUCCAACGCUUUUCCACAAAACUUUUAACAGUGCAGCAAAAAAUGAGGACUCUACGUCUGUACUUACAUUUUUUUAAUUAAUCUUGUCCUGUGUUUACGCCGCCCUGUUGGUCAGCCGAGAUAAUCCCAGAUUUUUUGCUUUGUGUCUGUUGGUCUCAGCUGAAUUAUUCACAGUCUGACAGCUGCAGUGAGGAGGGCAGAAUUUUUAUGUUUUUACAGAAUGUGUUUAGAGCUACUGGUUUAUUUUUGGCUAUUUUUAGAAGUGAGACACAGAAUAGACGCAAAAUUGCGACAAUAUAUAUGUAUAAAAGUUACAUUUGUUUCCUAGUUUAACCCCCGUGUCGUCCUGUGGGCCAAACUGACCCGUUUUAAAGUUUGACAACGUGGAGAAAAAAACAUUUUCACAGGGAAAUUUCUGAUGGCCACAUUUUCAACAUCUUUGGGAAAUUUUUGAACAUUUUUUAGUGGAAAAAAAAAGAGUUUCUUAAGAACAUUCACACACACAAAAAAAAAUCCUGAGGGUCAAACACCGCCUGGAUUUUAUCUGAGAAAACAGAAUUUUUACCACAUGACCGUUGGUCUCGGCUGACUCACUGACGGCUUCACAGUUCUGCUGAAGAACGCAGAAUUUUUAGUUUUUUACAGAAUCUUGUUUCAUAAAACGGCUUUUUUUUGGCGUAAUUUUAAACUCAGACAUGUGGGAUGAAAUGUGACCGUUUUAAGCUGAGGAUCAUCAGAAAGUUUAAAAUCCAGCCGUUGUUCUUGUUUUUCUUGUCUGAUUUGCUAAUAAAUGCUGUUAUUUUGGUCUUUUGUUAAGUUAACAUUCACAGUCUGUCCCAGCACAGCGUGGCGUCGCCUCCACGUUCUCUGCAGGAGGUGGAAUGUUUCUCGUUUUAGUCGAACAAACGUCCGUUUUACCGAGUAGAGCUGUGUAGGAAUCAUCAGAUCACCUCCACUGUGUGUUUUUAUUCAGCAAUAGUCCAGGUUUGAGUUUUUUUAUCCACAGAUGAACAUUUUUCACAUCAAAGUGCAGUUUUUAGGACCUUUCUUUUGGCAGCUUGUGAUCGAUUAUUUUCACGAUUAAAGAAUGUUUCGGCCCACAGAGUUUCAGAAAAACGGUGGAUCUGUCCAAGAAACAAAGAAAUAUUUGGUUUUAUUUCCACGGUUUUAACUGUUUGUUUGUAUUCUGAGGUGUUUUUUUUUAAAAACAACUUUGCUCAUAAAUUUAAACAUUUAAUAAAUGUUCUGUUGCACAAUAAAUUUGAUGUUUUCUGCACGUAAAACUCUCGAAAAAUAUCUCUUUGGAGAAACUUUCCAGCUCUAAACUCCUAUUUUUACGUUAAAUGUUAAUUAUUAUCCAAGAAGUCAUCGACCAAUCCAAACCUCAGCCUGAUUAUGAGUCGAGUAUUAUUUCAAUUUAUAUUUUUCCGAACACAAAAUUGACUUUUUAAUGAGAAAAACUAAUUAUGUGCUGAGGAAGACUGCGUGAGACGAUUAAAAGAUGGAGAAACUUUGGGUUUUUUUGAGGGAAAAAACUCAAAACAUGAUGAAAUAUUCCAUCCAGAGAAGCUUUGAACUUAAUUUAUCAGUUUUUAAUGAUCAUUUCUGUUAUUUUUUAACGUUUUAUAGGAAAGAAAUCACUAAAAACUUUGUUUCCCACAAGUAUAAUCACAUCUGUUGUUUGCAUUUCUGAGGUUUUAGGAGGUUAAAAUCCAAAAUUGGAAGAAAAAAGUGCAAUAGAAAUACAGAUGUUUCUUCAUUAAUCCUUAAAUUCAUCACGUGACCCCUUUGGUCCAUCUAAGGGCCGUUGUAGGGCCCCGAACCACAGAUUGGGAACCUCUGCACUGGAAAAACGCCCCCCUCAAAACAAUAAAAAAAACUUAUUUCAAGAAACUUUUACCUUGAAAUAAGUGAAAAAAUCUGCCGAUAGAAGAACUGAAAAAUGGCUUCAUAAGAUUUCUUGAAAUAAGAUGUGAUAUUUAGAAUAUUAAGAUUUUUAAAUUAGCUGGGAAAAUUUAUUUUAAGCUACAUUUUACGAGGAUUGUCAAGCUUAGGUGUCUUAACCCUGCUGUUGUCCUCAUUUACGUGCAUCAAAAAAUAUUGUUGCAAAAAAAAUACAAAAAUUCAGCAAAAAAAUUCCCCAAAUUUAUAAAAAUUUGCAAAACCUUCUGGAAGAAAAUUACUUAAAAGUUUCCUUUUUUAAAAAUCCCCCAAUUUGGGAAGAAAUAAAAAUCUAUAAAAAUUGUAAAUAUUUUCAAAAAAUAAUUAAAAAUCUUCCCCCAAAAAUCCUAAAAAUAUCUAAAGUGAUUCAGAAUCAGUAAAACUUCUCUAAUUUUCUUUAAGAACGUUCGGUCAAAAAAUGUUCUAAAAGAAACAUUUUUCCAACGUUUCGUUUUUUCCACCAAAAAAUGUUCAAAAAUUUCCCAAAAAAGUUUGAAUAUGUGGAAGUUUCACUUUGAAAAUAUCAUUUUUUUCCACAUUUUUAACUUUAAAACGGGUCAAUUUGACUCGCAGGACGACACGAGGGUUAGAACAAGAUGAUUUCAAGAUUGUUUGACUUAAGAUAUUUAAGAUGCGUUGUCUUAAAACAAGUCCCUCCAUCUUUCUGAAAUGUCACUUUUAAGUGAAUUUACCUUAAAUCAAGUGGGAUGAGACAUUUAGACUAAAAAUAAGACAAACAGACUUGGUAAGAUGUUGAGUUUUUGCAGCGUGGUGUUUUUUUUUUCCAAAUCAACUCUAAAACGUGGAUUUAAAAGCUGCUGAAACAUUUUUAUUUUUGCAGAAAUCAUGUCAAAGUUUUACAUUUUAAACUCCUAAAUGAAUAAAUUGAGGUUUUUAUUUUAUUUCUUGGAUGAAACGAGUCAAAGGUGCUAAAAAGAAAUCAUCAAAAUCUUCAAUUUGGUGCAAAGAGCUGCAGCGUUUUUCUGUUUUUACAACCCUUCAGUAGUUUUUCGUGUUUUUUUAACGUCUGGGGUGAAAUAUUUGUCGUGUUUUUUAUUUUUUAUUCUUUGCUGUGUUGGUUUGUCUGCAGCUUCAUCCAUUAAAGGGAAACGCCACUGAG